AUGUCCGAGCCCUUCAACCGGACCGCCGCAGCGGCCGCAGCACGGGACUUUGGGGCCGACUUGGAGAACGACGACGGCCUAGAAGGCGAGUUCAGCAUGAUUGCCGAUUACCCCGAGGAAGCGGAUUAUUAUGCCCUGCUGGGUCUAUCGCAGAAGCCACCUCCGACCGAUACCGAGAUUCGUUCCGCGUACCGCAACCUGACCUUGAGCUUUCAUCCGGACAAACAACCAGCGCACCUCCGCGAGCCGGCCGAACAGCACUUCAAUCGCAUUCAAGAGGCAUACGAGACCCUCAUCGACUCAAAAAAACGCACAGUCUAUGAUAUCCUCGGUGCAGAGGGUGUGCGACGAGAAUGGGGUCGACUGGGUGCGAUGGGCGUUGGUGGGGAGGCUCAGAAACAGCAGGUGGGCGUCAAGGCGAUGUCACCCGACCAGUUUCGUCGUUGGUUUGUGAAGACAAUGAAAAAACGCGAACGGAAAGCUGUGGAGAGCCUGGUUAGCAGUCGGGGCUCUAUCACCCUCGGUAUUAAUGCGGCAUCAACUAUCCAUGUUGUAGACGACGACGAUGUUCGCUUUCAAUUUCCUUCAGAUGCAAAACCAGUUUCAUAUGGGGCGCAAUUUUCUUUCAACGCACCGUUACCUUUGCCCAAGUUUGGGGAUGAUACCGAGGAGGGAGCAGAAGAGAAGGAAAGCUCUGUCGAGGCGAAUGUGCAGGAGGAGGAGGAAACCGAGCCCGUGCAGGUGACGAUUAAUGCUGGUAUUUCUGGUAAUCUCGUGCGUCCUUCGCAGCCGAUUAGUGUUGAAUAUGAGGAUGGGACCACUCAGGACUCGAAGGUCAUUCUGCCAUAUAUUCUGAUGGCCAAGAACAUCAGUCUAGGUGCUACUGUGAGACCUGAUCUAAGGGAACUAGUAGGUGCCACAGGUAUCUGGGGUAAACGUCCACUGUCGGUUCUGAGAGAUUCAACCAUUUUGCUUGAGGCAAACGUGUUCCCUAUUCCGCUUUUGAAGACUACAGUUGCCCGGUCCUUCCAACCAAUUCCAGGUAUCAAGCCUUUUCAGGUCACUGCCUCCAGCUCCAUCCAACGAUCUCUUUUGGAAUCCCCGCCUGCAUUUGAAGUUCAUGUGACAAAGGAGGUUGCCGAGAGAAAACUUGCCUUCUGCGCCUGGUCCAGUGGCCUUUGGUACUGGCCUGAACUCCUCCUUGAACGUUGCAGCUCCCUUGGAAUGAGUUUGGAAGACAUGUAUGCCUCCAGUGGCGAUCUCAGCAGUUUUCAGGUCGGCAUGGUCGCCCUCCCUAAGGUGCCUUCAAAUGCUAUUGAACUUGGCGAUGAUGACGAAGAAGAUGAGCAUGAAGAGUUACGCCGACUACUUCGAAAAAAGAAAGACAUCGAUAACGCUGCUGAGUCGUGGCAGGCCUUUAUCCAGGCUUCUCCGGGAGGGGGCGGCCUUGGUCUGACUUAUGCCCGCAAUCUUUUCUCGGGCUCGCCAUCCAACGAUCCAGUGAAGACAGAAUGGACAGAUGAAGGCUACUCUCCAAUGACAAAGAUGGAGGACGCCCGUGCAGUGCGUGUCGAGAUCUCCACUACCGUCAGUCCUGCCCUUUCCUUGGGCUGGACCAUCAAGGGUACCCGUCGAGUUGGCGAAUAUUCCAAAUUUGCCCUCGGUGUUGGCUUCACCGAACAGGGUAUCCUCAUGACUAUUGGCUGGAACCGACUUGGCCAAGGUCUUAAUGUGCCCAUCGUUCUUUGCUCUAAAGACGAAGCCACUCAUGAUGCCGCGGUUUUGGUCAAUGUCUUUACUUGGGCGGCCUAUCUUGCUAUUGAGUUUGGUUAUAUUCGGCCCCGUGACAAGAAGAAGCGUCGCCAAGCUAUUGCACGGCGUCACAAGGAGCUGAAGAAGCUCAUCCCGAAGAAGCGAGCGGAAAGCGAGCAGGCUAUCGAGCUGAUGGCAGACCAAGUCCAGCGACGACAGGCUCGCGAGGUCUCUCAGAAUGGCUUGGUUAUUGUAAAGGCUGAAUAUGGCUACUAUCCGCCUGCAGGCAAAAAGGCUCGCCCUGGAUUCGAAGAGCCUCGUGUCAUCAACGUGACCAUCCCUGUGGCGGCCCUUGUGGACCGUGGCCAGCUGGUGAUUCGUGAGAACACGGUGAAGUUCCAAAUCAUCGGAUUCCAUGACCCAGCACCGCUGCUGAAGAAGCAGCUCAAGAUUUGGUACCGCUUCCAGGGUCGUGACCAUCUCGUUGAAGUUGGUGAUAAGGAGAGCAUUGCCUGCCCACAGCGCGCUCACAUGAUUUGA